AUGCAAAGCUCUACCCCAGAGCGGUUGAAUAGGGAAAAGUCCUACUUUCUGCUAAAGAUGCGCGAGAAGAUUGUGCGCCUACGAUGUCCGCCAGGUUUGAAAAGUCGCUUUGAGGUUUGUGGGGUUAUGACAGAGUUUAUGACAGGGGUUUCCUUCGAGAAACUGAAGAUCAAGACACGACCUGAUGAACCGCCGAUUGCCAUAUUUGAAGGUUAUCCAGGUGCAGUCAUCAUUCAAGCCAUACCCUGUUUGAUGUGGCAGGGGAGCCGAACGGUCAAGGGAGGUCUUCAUAGGGACAACAUUUUCAAGAUUGAAUGUGCCAGCACUAGUAUGCAGAUGAUUCAAAUCGACUUUAUCAAAUUGAACACCCUCAGGAGAAUUAGCAGCAAGGGUUGA